CGGUCUCUUCCGCCGGAAGUAAAUAUCACGUGACUUCGAAAAUCAGCUGAUCCUUCGUGGACAUCUUUACGAGUCACGACUGCGGCGAUUAAUUCAAACCGUCUCCUCUGUGAUUCUCCGGCCCGGGCGGAUCUUUGACAACUGCAGCCAUGGCGCUGAGCGAUGCCGACGUACAGAAGCAGAUCAAACACAUGAUGGCCUUCAUUGAACAGGAGGCCAAUGAGAAGGCAGAGGAAAUUGAUGCAAAGGCCGAAGAAGAGUUCAACAUUGAGAAGGGCCGUCUGGUCCAGACCCAGAGGCUGAAGAUAAUGGAGUACUAUGAGAAGAAAGAGAAACAGAUUGAGCAACAGAAGAAGAUUCAGAUGUCUAACUUGAUGAACCAGGCUCGACUGAAGGUGCUGAAGGCCCGUGAUGAUAUGAUCUCGGAAAUGAUUAAUGAGGCUCGCCAACGGCUCGCUAAUGUCGCAAAAGACCCGGCCAAGUAUUCAGGUCUCAUGGAUGGAUUGCUCUUACAGGGCUUUUACCAGCUCCUGGAGCCCAAAGUGACCAUUCGCUGCCGUAAACAAGACAUACAGUUGGUACAGGCAUCCAUCCAGAAGAACAUUCCUAUAUAUAAAGCAGCUGUGAAGAACAACCUGGAGGUCCGCAUCGACCAGGAUAACUUCCUCUCCCCUGAAGUGUCUGGAGGUAUUGAGAUUUAUAACGGAGACGGGAAGAUCAAAGUGUCCAACACUCUGGAGAGCAGACUGGACCUCAUGGCCCAGCAGAUGAUGCCUGAAAUCCGAGUGGCUCUCUUCGGUGCCAACCCGAACCGCAAGUUUAUGGACUGAGAACGUUGACUGUCUUAGAGAGAAACACUCCUUUUUAUUUUUUAUUUUGUCAUAUGAAAGACGUCCUUCCUUUUGUCUGUGAAAUUUCUGAUGUAAAAGAGAUGUUGUGUGACGUAUUGCUGUAUUUUUCCAUGCAUUAAGGGACAUGAUCAAUGCUGCAACUCAACAUUACAGAUGUGCAUUGUGGGGGGGGGGGGGCUGCACAGCUGUAUGCACUGGUGUGUUCUGCUGCUCCCAUUCGUGGGCCUCAGUUUACACUGAUCCGUCAGGGAAGAUGAGAUUGGGUGAUUGGCUGGAUGUUUAACAAGCUGUCCUCUAAUUGGGUUAGUCUCCAUGACAAACGUAACAUCUGUGUCAGGAUUUUCCCCAAUUUCAUUAAUUUCUGUUCCACAUUAUGAGUUGCAUGGGCCAUUGUGUUGCUAAUGGGUGUCUGCUCCAGGCAGUUGCUCUCACAAAGAAAUAAUAUCCAUAGAAACAAAACUGAAGACUGGACAGGAUCAUACAGAGUUAAUUUAUUCAUGUUACAUUGACUGUACCUUUUUCUCCUGUCAUGGAUUAAAGGAGCGGGUGAUAUCAUUCCAGAGGGGGCACUGUAUGUAUAUGAGGUUUCCAGAUUAAAUUAUAUGUAUGUGUGU